UCUCGGGAGCCCUCCUUUGCUUUCCUGCGUCGCCCUUCCUGGCUACGCCUUCUCUCUUGUUCAUUCUCCUGGGUUGUUGGUUCGUUCGUGGCAAGGCAUUGCAUUGCUAGCUAGUUUCCAUCUCCGAUUCUCGGUGCGGCCGGCAGGGAGAUGGGGAUCAGACGGCAGCAAUGGCACGCCGUCGCCGCGCUCGCCGUCGCGUGGUGCUGCGCGGCGGCCGCCGCCGCCGUGGCAGCGGCCGACGGCCGGAACGCCUCGCUGGCCGGAGCGGCGGCGCCGGAGGAGACGGGCGUGGCGCGCCAGCAGCACGGUGAUGGCAAGGCGUACCACCACGUUUGGCCGCCCAUGGAACUUGGAUGGCGAAUUGUGCUGGGCUCGCUGAUCGGCUUCUUCGGCGCGGCGUGCGGGAGCGUCGGCGGCGUCGGCGGCGGCGGAAUCUUCGUGCCCAUGCUGGCACUCAUCAUCGGCUUCGAUCCCAAGUCGUCCACUGCGAUAUCCAAGUGCAUGAUUAUGGGAGGAUCCGUUUCGACUGUCUACUACAACCUCAAGCUGAAGCACCCGACUUUGGACAUGCCGCUCAUCGACUACGACCUCGCCCUGCUCAUGCAGCCCAUGCUCAUGCUUGGGGUCAGCAUUGGUGUCAUUUUCAAUGUUAUUUUCCCCAACUGGCUCAUCACGGCGCUCCUCAUAAUACUUUUCCUAGGCACAUCAACUAAGGCCUAUCUGAAGGGCAUUGAGACGUGGAAGAAAGAGACCAUAAAGAAAAGGGAGGUUGCAAAAAAACAGGAGCAAAUAUGUCAGGAACCAGAGCACACGACAACAAUCGUCCCUACGGAGCAAGCAGCUGAGGCAAAAGCCCCAUCAGAUAAAGCAACAUCAGUUCUGAAGAACGUCUACUGGAAGGAGUUCGGUCUUCUUGCAUUCGUGUGGGUGGCAUUCCUUGGGCUCCAAAUCACAAAGAACUACGUCGCUUCUUGCUCGGUAUGGUAUUGGGUCUUGAAUUCUCUCCAGAUCCCGGUGGCCAUAGGAGUGACCCUGUACGAGGCGCACGGGCUGAUGGCCGGGAAAAGGGUGCUCUCCUCAAAGGGAAGCCAGCAGCAGAGCGCGCUACGCGUUCGCCAGCUCCUGGUGUACUGCCUGUUCGGCAUCCUGGCGGGGCUCAUCGGCGGCCUGCUAGGCAUGGGGGGCGGCUUCAUCAUGGGGCCGCUCUUCCUGGAGCUCGGCAUUCCUCCACAGGUUUCAAGUGCUACAGCCACGUUCACGAUGAUGUUCUCGUCGUCGAUGUCGGUCGUCGAGUACUACCUCCUGCACCGGUUCCCGGUGCCCUAUGCUGCCUACUUCACCGCGGUGGCGUUCGUGGCGGCCAUCGUCGGGCAGCACUGCGUGAGGAAGCUGAUCGCGUGGCUGGGGCGGGCGUCGCUCAUCAUCUUCAUCCUGGCCUCCAUGAUCUUCGUCAGCGCGCUCACUCUCGGUGGGGUCGGCAUCUCGAACAUAGCGCACAGGAUGCAGCGGCAUCAGUACAUGGGGUUCGAAAGCCUUUGCAGGGUGUAGGGAGCAAAUGCGAGCAGAGCAGGGAUGCAUGGAGUACAGGAGAAGCAGCGGCGACGGAUGCCUAUAAUUCACGAAAAGCUUGGCACGCGCAUGUGGCUGCUAGGUGACACACGUACGAGUCAAUCAACACACGUAUACCAGUAGCAUCACAUGACAUUGUCCUAGGCAGCGUGCGUUGCUGAAUUUUGAAUUUGUGUGACAACUGACGAGCACAUACGUGAUACAUGUACGGGAUUAGCUGCGUUCAACCGUUCCUGUCCUUUUUGUGAGGUCUCCGGCCAUCCAUGCAUGGUCGAUCUAUCUGACAGUGUAUUUAAAUUGAUGAGAUGAUAGUACUUUUGAA